AUGAGCCGGAUAAAUGUUGGCUGUACAAGAGUGACGCUGGAAGUCAGAGAUGAUGAAUACACUGAAAUAUUCCUCGACCGGAGCUACUGCGACAUACAGAUCGAUCCAGUUUUCUUCCAGCAAUUGGACGCGAUCAAGAGCGAUCCGGGCUUCUUCAACACGAGGCAGCAAAAGUACAAUUUGCACCACAGCGAUUUGCCAGAAGGCGACAAGUUCUUCAGCUUUCUUGGCGGAAAGCAAGUCUCCCUUCCGGACGCGAGGAGCAUCAACUGCUUUCAGAAAUGCUGCUACUUCUUUCAACUCGGCAAUUUGGCGAGCGCCACCAGAGGUUUUAGAAGACCGGAAGCCAAAAACCUUCCUAUCCUCACUUCCAGUCCAAGAACAGCUGCCAAAGCGCCGGUGAUUACGAGCCCCUUUCAACGGGGUAAUUUUAAUCAAGAAAAUCUGACGCCCUCAGGUCAUCCUGCUCAAACCGAAAGCUACAUCACGAAAAGCCAUGCUAGUCACCGUCCCGACGUCCCCGACCCUAAAGUCCAACAGAUGCACGAUCAAAUGUAUAACAUGAGUCUCCGAGAAAAAGUGGAUAACUGGGAAAUGGCAACUAACCCAGAUAAUCCAACGCCGACCUCGCUUGGGCCUCCAAGGCCGCCUUUACAAGCUGCAGGAACGAACAACCUCUUUGAUCAAAUUUCUUUGGCUCAAACUUCCUGUUUUCUGGCUUCGAAGGAGAAAACUAGAAAUGAAAUCGACGGGGACGGAGUUCUGCAGACAAGAGUCGACCACGAAAGCGAGCAAGAAAUCUCGUUCGAAUCGACUUUCUCCUCCCAAACUGAUUACGCGAACAAUCCAAUCGGCAGCUUACAGGAAACGCUUCAGAAGGAUGGUUUGGCUUGCCCAACUUAUCAAAGUCACAAAGGAGACGACGGCAAAGUAGAAGUGACCUGUCGAGCAAGCGGGGAAGAAACGCGCGCCUUUGGCAAAACAGAAAACGAGGCGAAGCGAAAAGCGGCGCAUCUAAUGAUGCAGCUUCUGCGCAACUCCGGCUCUGACUCGGGCAUCAAGGAAAAACCUGAAGUCGAAAAAGGCAAGAAAAUGGAACUGCCCGCCAACGACGCCAGAUCGACAUUUAACCUCUUUGCGCAGCAAUUCCCAGCCAUGGUCGAAGUCCACGGCUUGGGAAAGAACGAUCACAAGUUUUCUGGCAACGAUCAUUGCAGAGAAUACCAAUACUUUGGGACGGCCCGCUUUCGCUACAGCAAUUUGGACAAGCAGGUUCACUCCGUUUUCGUAGUCAAGGCGGAGAGCGUCAGCCGCGAGAAAAACGAGCCCAGCAAAGUUGCUACGCCAAGUUGUUAA